AUGGCGAAGGAUUCUCGUGCCAAUGGGACCACAGGAUGUAACAAUUGGCUGGUCUUUGGCUUUGGCAUUGCAACACUGCUGGCAUACUUCUUUCCUAAUGUGGCCGCUAGGGGAGGCGUCAUCCGCUCAGAGUACUCGAUUCUGUAUGGCGCUAUUGCUCUGAUCUUCUUCAUCAACGGUAUGCAGCUUUCGCCGCAGAAGCUGAAGCAGCACGUCACCAAUUGGCGCCUGCACAUAAUUGUUCAGGGCGUUGGGUUCGUUGUCAUCCCGGUCCUCAUUUUGAUUCUGAUACGUAUCGUGAUUGCUUCCGGUGGUCUGCGAGGUGGUAUCGACGUCACUGUUCUUGUUGGCAUGGUGGUCGUCAGCGCAAUCCCGACUACGAUUGCAUCCAAUGUGGUCAUGACCCGAAACUCGGGUGGCGACGAAGCAGCAGCCAUCAUUGAAGUUGUUAUUGGAAAUGUAUUGGGUCCGUUCAUCGCUCCGGGGUUGAUAUAUGCCUUUAUUCCCACGGAUACCGAGUUCGACUCGGUGAGGCCGGCGUCACCCGCAACGCUUGGCCCAAUGUACGCCAGUGUGAUGAAGCAGCUGGGCCUGAGCGUCCUCAUCCCGCUGGCCGUGGGCCAGGGGCUCCGUUGGAGUUGGUCAACGAGAGUUGAGUGGAUGCUGAGAACUUUUCGGCUUGCGAAAGUGUGUUCUCUCUGCAUGGUCCUGCUUGUCUGGGCCACCUUCUCAGGGGCUUUCAAGACUGGUGCCAUCUAUGACCUGCCCAAGUCCUCAGUCGUGUUCAACAUACUGAUGAAUCUGGCGUUGUAUAUGGUUUUCACCGUGGUCUGCUACUACUCAGCAUACCCCCCAGAGUUUCUGUCCAGGCCAGUCAAUGCAAUCGUUGCCGAUUCGAAGCUGGGCCGUCACCUGCCGGCGGUCAUUCGACGAGCCCUGACGAUGAAGAAGAUGCCCAAAGACCAGGUCGUAGCCGUCUGUCUUUGCGGUGCAGCGAAGACGCAGGCCUUGGGGAUUCCCCUAGCCGAUGCCAUGUGGGGGCAGCACGACAACGCGACGAAAUCGCUGAUACAAAUCCCAGUGCUCCUAUAUACCAUGGAACAAGUCUUUACAGCACAAUUUCUGACCAUCCUGUUCCGCUGGUGGAUACAGAGAGACAAGAGGACAGAUUGUGACGAUGACUCGGAGCAUGCCGAACAACGCCAGGUAGUUGGGAACUCGUCCGAAACGUCUGACGGCCAAGGAUCAAAAGAAAACGAGAGGGAGGUAGUCAACAGCCUUAACGCCCAGCGCGUUCAUGAGAAGGUAGCAUCAUGA